AUGUUACCUCAAUUACUGGAAGAAAUUGAUGAUGAAUACAUACUAGUAUUUAAAGAUUCGGAUUUAAAGAUGAUAGAAAAAGUUGUUAAGGAAAGCAUUGAUAAUUCUGAUGACAGAUUACAUGUCAAGUUGCAACAAUGGCAACUAAGAAAUAUAGAGAAAUUAAUUCAUGGAGUAAAUUAUCCUACAAAAGAAAAUAUACAAAGUUUGCUGAAUGUUUCAUCUGUUUUUUAUUUUGAGGGUCAAAACAAAAAUCAAGAUCUCUUGUCAGAUCAUGAAUUUAGUGAAUUGAAAUCUCAUAUGAUGUCUAAAUUUGAAUUUAUUGGAAUCACAGAGGAAAUUAAACAAUUUGUUGCAGAUAAUAAGAGGAAAUUUAAGAUGGAUAGUAUAGAUGAAAUACAACAGAUUAUAAUUAAAGAACAUGGUAAAUGUCAAUCCAACUUGAUCAACCGAACCUUCUUUAAACUAUUAGAUGAAUAUGUUCCUUGGGAUAGUACUUCAAACUUAGAGAAAAGCCCUGAACCAAUGAUCUCAGUUCAAUCAAAACCCUCGAAGGAAAGACGAGGUGGGCACAAUGGUAGAAUACCUGAUUUUAUGUUACAUAACCAAGAUGGAACAAAAACUAGUAUUUUUACAGAAAUAACAGGCCCUUGCAAACAAAAUUGCAAAAUCAAACCAUAUUGGGAUAUUUACAGGGAAGGGAUCCAUGCAAAAGAUGCUAUUGACAGUGAUAUAAGAAAAAAUAAGAGUUUAAAACCAGAUGAAACAAAAAAAUCAUCAUUCUUAUUAAUGUCAGUGCAAAAUCUUGAGGAUGUAAUGAGAAUACACCAAUUACUUAUGAGUACAAAGGAAAAUGCCAUAAGUUAUUUAGAAGAUUCCUACACAACACCUCCCCAUCAAGUUUAUAGUGAGUGGUUAUGCCCAACAGCAGGCACACCCUUUAAAAAUCCUAAUUUAAGAAUUACUCAAGAAGUUGCUCAAAUUUAA